GCACGUGUGUGGAGCGUGGGGGGGGGGGGGGGAGGAGGACCGGCAGUUUCAGCGUCCGCCAUGGCGGAGCAGGUGGCGGAGGAGGUGCUGGCCCGGGCGGAGCGGGACGAGGCGGAGAAGCUGCGGCGCAUCGCGGUGCACAAGGAGCUGGAGCUGGAGUUCGACCUGGGCCACCUGCUGGCCACCGACCGCAACCCCACGGACGCCCUGCGGCGGUCGUCGGCGGGGCUGGAGCCGGGGCUGCGGGCCCUGGCCCGGGACAACACCCAGCUCCUCGUCAACCGGCUGUGGCAGCUGCCGGCGACGCGGGUGGAGGAGGCGCUGGUGGUGCAGCUGCCGGAGCCCGCCACCCGCCUGCCCCGCGAGAAGCCGCUGCCCAAGGCGCGCCCGCCCACCCGCUGGCAACAGUUCGCCCGGCUGAAGGGCAUCCGGGCCCGCAAGAAGACCAACCUGGUGUGGGACGAGGCGCGGCGGGAGUGGCGGCGCCGCUGGGGCUACCAGCGGGCCAAGGACGACACGAAGGACUGGCUGAUCGAGGUGCCCCACGCCGCCGACCCCAUGCAGGACCAGUUCGCCCUGCGGCUCCGGGCCAAAAAGGAGCGGGUGGCCCGCAACGAGUUCAACCGGCUGCGCAACAUCGCCCGGGCCCACAAGCUGCCGCCGCCGCCCGGCCGGGACGGGAUGCGCCCCACCGGCCACCAGGACCGGGAGGAGCUGGGCCGGGCCGAGCGGGUGGCCAAGCGCUCCACCGCCUCGCUCGGACGCUUCCAGGAGCGGCUCCCCAAGGAGAAGGCCCCUCGGGGCCCCGGGAGGAAGAGGCAGUUCCAGCCGCUCCUCGGCGACCUGGAGGCCGAGAGGAAGGCCCAGCUGGAGAUGCUCCGCGUCCUGGGCAGCCACAAGCCGCGGCUCGACGUCACCCGGGCCACCAACAAGCAGAUGCGGGAGGACGACCGGGAGGAGGCGGCGGCCAGGAGGAGGAAGAUGGGCCAGAGGGGCAAGCGCCAGAGAAAGGGGGGACCCCCGGGGCCCGGGGCGGGCAAGCGAAAAGGGGGACCCCCGGGCACCGCGGGGGGCAAGCGAAAAGGGGGACCCCCGGGCACCGCGGGGGGCAAGCGCAGGGGGGGACCUUUGGGGGGCAAGAAGGGAGGGAAGCCCCAGGGGGGGAAGAGGAGGAAGGGACGGGUGUGACCCCUCGCCUUUUCUCUCGGGACUGUUGGAAGCAAACUGGAGAACGAUGCAUCUUGCCCCCUGGGUCGGCCCUUUCUCCUAGGACGUGCACCGAGCUCGCUCCGCCGCAGCGGAGGAAAGGGCGGAGACAUUCCCACCCCCGUGGGAGUGCAGCUUGGAGGAAGCCUUCCUUAAGGAUGAGCGUCUUGAGAGGCCUGGGGGUAAGCUCUGCCCUCUGUCACCAGUCAUGCCGGGCUUUGGUGGUUCCGGACCUGAGCCAGAGGAGGCCAGAAAGCAGCUUGCCGUCCAGCAGGCAGGGAGGGAGAAAGUAGACUGGAGGUAUAAACCUUAAUGGAGACACAAAGCAACAUUAAAUUUUUCUGGUUACAUUUAAA